AUGUCAACUUCUCUACGGCACACGGCUUUACAUGCCUUCCACGUUGGUCGUCGAGCGCGCAUGGCACCAUUUUCCGGGUACGACAUGCCCAUAAACUAUGCGGCGGGAGCUGUUCGCGAGCAUCUCCACACCCGUGAGGCCGCCAGUAUUUUCGACGUGUCACAUUUCGGUGUGGUAGAGGUGUUUGGUGCCGACCGUGAGAAGUUCUUGGAGUGGCUGACGCCGUCCGCGCCCUCACGGAUGCCCAGUGGGAAAGCUGCACUCACCAUGUUUCUAAACGACCGAGCAGGUGUAAAAGAUGACUGUAUUGUGACUAGGUAUGACGAUCGUCUCGUAGUCGUUGUGAAUGCGGGAUGUAAGGACAAGAUGAUUGCAUAUAUGCGGCAGAGCGUUGCCGAUUUUACUGGCGAUGUUGCGCUGGAGAUGGAGGAUCGCGCCAUUGUGACAGUACAAGGACCCAAAGCCGCGAGCGCGCUUGCGCCACAUGUGGAAGGUCUGGACAAGUUGCUUUUCAUGCAGGGCAGACAAGAUGUGGACAUUCGCGGCAUGCGUAUUAAGACUCUUACUCGUUGCAGCUACUCCGGAGAAGAUGGCUUCGAUAUAGUUAUGCGCGAGGAAGACGCCUUGCCUAUCGUUGAGCUUCUGCUGCAAAACCCUGAUGUUCAGGCCGCCGGCCUUGCUGCGCGCGACACCCUUCGAACGGAGGCGGGCCUUAACCUGUAUUCCCAUGAAUUGUCAGAGGACAUAGACCCCGUUGCUGCCCGCUGCAUGUGGUGUGUGCCGAAGCACCGUAUGACCGAAGGUGGGUUUGUUGGUCAUGAGCGGCUGGCGCAACUGGUAAAGAAGGCGAAAGAGCUGGUUCCUCGAGUGCGUGUUGGUAUACUCGCCGCCCCUGAACGUGGACCCAUCCCUCGCAAUGGAACUCCGGUGCUUGUGGAGGGUAAAUGUGUCGGCGUGGUCACGAGCGGGGUUCCAUCCCCAACGCUCGGACGUAACAUUGCACUGGGCUAUGUUGAUCGAAGUUACUCAAAUAUUGGUCAACAAGUGGGGCUUGACGUCCGUGGAAAGCUUGUGAAGGCGGAAAUAGUGAACUCAAGGUUUGUUGCCCCGCGCUAUUAUAGGGGAUGA